AUGCACCACGUGGUGCGCUUGCAAGAACACGUGAACGAGUGUUUAGACGAACGCGCAAAGCGAGAAGAAAAGGAAGAAAAAGAAGAACGAGAACACUCCGUAAUAACAGAUGCAGAGAAGACUGAGACUUUGGCGAGCAAAAACUGCCGGAAAAGGAAGGCUUUUGAGGAGAAGGAGGAAAUGCCUUCAAUACCUAUUCCUACUAUUCCUAAUGCUAAGAAUAACGACGCGUUCUUGAAAAUCAAGCGAGGCUCGAUUGAAAUGUCCAAAAUCUCGUCGCCGUCGCACAUAUCUGGGCACAAAGUGAUUGAGAAUUUCAUAACCGAGGAAGAAGAGACAGAGUUAUUGCGAGCGGUGUACGACAUGUCGGAGCAGACGUGGAACGAUCGAAACGCGAGCGGGAACGGACGGCACAACGGGAAGUCUUGGGGGGUGAACGCGGACAGGGCACGGAGGAAAGUGUUCAAAGCGAAGAGGGAAAUGCCGGAGGCGUUUCAGAGGAUUGUUUUGGAGAAGUUACGCGCGAAUGAGUACGGGUACAAAGGUUUGCGAGAAUUCGGGUUCGCGUGCAACGAGUGCAACGCGAUUGAAUAUGUGCGAGAGAAAGGACACGAGUUGAGACCGCACGUGGACGAUCGGAUUUUAUCGAGCGAUAUUAUCAUCAAUUUAAGCAUGGUAGGAACGUGCAUAAUGCGAUACAGAAUGAAUAAGAAUCAAGGGAUUGAGAUUGCAAAGAAGUUACCGAGGUUUUCGUUACAGAUCCAAGGCGGACGAUGUAGAUUCGAAUGGGAACACGGCAUUCGGAACGAGGAUUUAAUCGACGGGAAGCGAGUUUCAUUGACGUUCAGGUGUAGCGGGAGAGGAAAUGGGAAGGACGGCGUGUAUAAAGACGUGGUGUUUGAAGAGCCACCGAGAGGAUACGUGAAUGAUUUAGAAGGCAGAGAUAGACGAUAG